AGACCCCCGGCUUCCUCUGCUUAUUGGAUUCCCUAACGUGCAGCGAAACGAUUGAAAAAGCUACUAAAGCAGUACUAUUUUAGCAUCUCAAAGCCAAUCUGAUCUCCAAACCGUCUUGAAUUCUUGAUGCAUGCAACUACUUCUUCAAUUCUUGCCUUUAUAUAUACGUAGUGCUUCCUCAGUUCAACUCCAAAUCAUAUAUUCCCCAUUUGCUAUUAAACCACUAGCGCAGUUGACAAAACUUGAUAAGCCAUGGCUGCAGCAGCCUCGUCAGUGAGUUUGAAGCUUUUGAUCGACACCAAAAGCUGCAAAGUCCUAUUUGCCGAAGCUAAUAAAAGCACAGUUGAUUUCCUUUUCCACGUCCUGUCUUUGCCAGUGGGAACUGUUAUAAGGCUUCUGGGCAAGCAAGGAAUGGUAGGUUGCGUGGCCAACCUAUACGAGAGCAUUGAGAGUCUAAACGAAACAUAUAUACAACCAAACCAGAGCAAAGACACCCUUCUCAAGCCAAAAGCCGCUGCUUCCAUUCCUCUCUUGUCCCUCAACGAUGGACAAACUGAAGCUGUUUUCUACCGGUGCAGCCGUGGUUACAAUUGCAACUAUGUAUCUGAUGACCCCAAGGCGAAAUGUCCUCAGUGCAAGAAUGUCAUGACCAACAGCAUGACAUAUGUUGCUCCCCCAGCAGUGAAAGAAGCUGCUGCAGGGGACGAAGGGGGAUUUGUCAAGGGUGUGGUGACCUAUAUGGUUAUGGAUGACUUGGUGGUGAAGCCCAUGUCUACUAUCUCUAGCAUUGCACUGCUCAACAGGUUUAAUGUGAAGGAAGUUGGUGCCCUGGAGGAGAAGGAGGUGAAUCUUGGCAUGAAUGAGGCAUUGAUGUUGCUCAAGGCAUCUUUUGAGUCCAAGACGGUACUCACAAAUGUCUUCUUGAAGAAUACGGGAAAAAUGAAAGAUUCUCUUGCUGCUACAUUCUCGGAGUCAAAUCUUGCCUCGAAAGUGAGUUUGAAGCUUUUGAUCGACACCAAAAGCCGCAAAGUCCUAUUCGCCGAAGCUAAUAAAAGCACAGUUGAUUUCCUUUUCCAUAUCCUGUCUUUGCCGGUGGGAACUGUUAUAAGGCUUCUGGGCAAGCAAGGAAUGGUAGGUUGCGUGGCCAACCUGUACGAGAGCAUUGAGAGUCUAAACGAAACAUAUAUACAACCCAAGCAGAGCAAAGACACCCUUCUCAAGCCAAGAGCCCCUGCUUCCAUUCCUCUCUUGUCCCUCCACGAUGGACAAACUGAAGCUGUUUUCUACCGGUGCGGCUUUGGUUACAAUUGUAACUAUGUAUCUGAUGACCAUAGGGCAAUAUGUCCUCAGUGCAAGAAUGUCAUGACCAACAGCAUGAAAUAUGUUGCACCCCCAGCAGUGAAAGAAGCAGCUGCAGGGGACGAAGGGGGAUUUGUCAAGGGUGUAGUGACCUAUAUGGUUAUGGAUGACUUGGUGGUGAAGCCCAUGUCUACGAUCUCUAGCAUUGCACUGCUUAACAGGUUUAAUGUGAAGGAAAUAGAAGCCCUUGAGGAGAAGGAGGUGAUUCUUGGCAUGAAUGAGGCACUGAAGUUGCUGAAGACAUCUCUGGAGUCCAAGUGCGUACUCACAAAUGUCUUCAUGAAGAAUUUCCAUGAGAAUUCUACUCUUCUCAACGAGAAUAUGGAGAUGGUGAGAAUCAUGACUGUGAUCUCUUCAUUUUCGAAAUAUCAUAAGGUCAUCAUGGGAGCCUCCAAGAUAAGCUUGAAACUUUUGAUCGACACCGAUAACAACAAACUUCUGUUCGCAGAAGCCGGGAAAAACUUCGUAGAUUUCUUACUUCAUAUCCUCUCCUUGCCAUUGGCUACUGUUACAAGGCUUCUCCGCGACCAAGAGACCAUUGGUUCCCUGGAAAAUCUGUACCAUAGCAUCGAAAACCUCGAUGAAGCCUACAUCCGGCCAAACCAAAACAAAAACAUCUUGCUAAGUCCAAAACCACCUGCCGGCGCUCCUGCCACUCUAUUGGGGCUCGAGGAUUCGCCGAAACCGGAGAUAACAGAGGGCAAAGCAUUUUAUAAGUGCGGCAAUAAUUGUUCCACGUAUGUGAGUAAUGUGACCGAUGACCCUCGAGCUGUUUGCCCCAGUUGCAGGGGCACCAUGACUUCGGUCAUGACAUAUGUAGAUCCCCCACAAACUGGUGGCAGCGAUGAGGACAGUAAAGAAGGAGGAUUUGUGAAGGGGGCGGCGACUUACAUGAUCUUGGACGACUUGGAGGUGAAGCCCAUGUCUGCCAUUUCCAGCAUUGCUCUGCUUAACGAGCUUAAUGUCAAGGAUCUAAGCGCCCUCAAAGAAAAGGAAGUGGAUCUUAGCAAGAAUAAGGCCUUGAAGCUGCUUAAGGCAUCUUUGGAGUGCAAGACAGUGCUUACCAGUGUCUUAUUGGAUGUCAAGUCUAAAACUCCAUGAGAAUUGUCUAGUAUUUCACUUUUGGAUAACAAUUUUAUGUUGGAAUCAAUGACUAUUUUGAUCCUUUUUUGCUUAAUUAAGGUACCAACUCUAAAUGAUUACUUCCACUGGUAUGUAAUUCAUUUCACCCUAAUGCCUUAUCAGCAUGCGCAUAUGUCACAAGAGUUUCUUAAUCGUCAA